AGAGCACGUCAGAGCAGCCAGUGGUUCAGGCACGAGAAUGGGAAGCUGUUGAUAUUUUAAUGAAACAGCAAUGGAGGAAGCAGCGUAGCAGACUGAGUGGCUACUGAGGAGGCAUCACGGAGUGGAGCUUUUCUCACCCGUCCCGUAGGCCAGGCCCUGCCCCUGCCCUCAGUUAAAACCCUCGGUUUGGGCAGCUUCAGAUCAACCGGGAGAAAACCUUCCUUCCGCGCAAGCUGGUGACAGCAGAGCCCUGGCUCCCAAGCCUCAGGUGUCUGAAGCGCUGAGUGGGGCACAGGUCUUCACCUCUCGGGAUGGUGCCCAGGCAGGGCCAGAGCAGGGCAUUUCUGCAGCUGUUGCCCACCCCCCAAGGGGAGGCGAUGUCCCCGAAGGAACAGAGGUCACCGGUCCCAUCUUAAGCUCUGCUGGGUCUCUCAUGACAUCAAUAGCCCCCUCGCUGCUGCGCUGCAGACAGUUCUGAGCUGGGGAGCUAGCUGGGUGCUGGGGCCAGGCUGGCGCCAGGCACAGACACUUCAGCCCUUGUUGGGAGAACAGAGAAAGGCUCUCUUGUCCAGUGCCCGUCCUCUGGCUGCAACUACUGGUUCGCUCUGCAGCCUCUUCUCAAGCUGCACAGAGCCCAUCGGAUCACUGUUACAGGAUGGAUCCUAUUCCCACUGGGACCCCCAGUCUGCAGCCCUCAAGGGCCAAUGGGAACAUCAACCUGGGGCCUUCAGCCAACCCAAAUGCCCGGCCCACUGACUUUGACUUCCUCAAAGUCAUUGGCAAAGGGAGCUACGGGAAGGUCCUACUGGCCAAGAGCAAGUCUGACGGGACAUUCUACGCAGUGAAGGUGCUUCAGAAAAAGCCCAUCUUAAAGAAAAAAGAGCAGAGCCACAUCAUGGCAGAGCGCAGCGUGCUCCUGAAGAACGUGAGGCACCCCUUCCUUGUGGGCCUGCGCUACUCCUUCCAGACGCCCGAAAAGCUCUACUUUGUGCUGGACUAUGUCAACGGGGGAGAGCUCUUCUUCCACCUGCAGCGGGAGCACCGGUUCCUGGAGCCCCGGGCCCGGUUCUACGCCGCUGAGGUGGCCAGCGCCAUUGGCUACCUGCACUCCCUCAAUAUAAUUUACAGGGACCUGAAACCAGAAAACAUUCUCUUGGACUGCCAGGGACACGUGGUGCUGACGGAUUUUGGUCUCUGCAAGGAAGGUGUAGAAGCUGAGGAGACCACAUCCACGUUCUGCGGCACUCCGGAGUACUUGGCUCCAGAAGUGCUUCGUAAAGAGCCUUAUGAUCGGGCAGUGGACUGGUGGUGCUUGGGUGCAGUUCUCUACGAGAUGUUGCAAGGCCUGCCACCCUUCUACAGCCAAGAUGUGUCCCAGAUGUAUGAGAAUAUUCUGCACCAGCCACUGCAGAUCCCUGGGGGCCGGACAGUGGCCGCCUGCGACCUUCUGCAAGGCCUUCUCCACAAGGACCAGAGACAGCGGCUGGGCUCCAAAACAGACUUUCUUGAGAUAAAGAGCCAUGUAUUCUUCAGCCCCAUAAACUGGGAUGACUUGUACCACAAGAGGCUGAUUCCACCCUUCAACCCAAACGUGGCAGGACCUGCUGACUUGAAACACUUUGACCCAGAGUUCACCCAGGAAGCUGUGUCGAAGUCCAUUGGCUGCACUCCUGACACUGUGGCCAGCAGCUCUGGGGCCUCAAGUGCAUUCCUGGGAUUUUCCUAUGCACCAGACGAUGAUGCCAUCUUGGAUUGCUAGAGAAGCAUCUGUGAAACAUGCGAAGACAACUGGUAUCUCCCCCUGCCCCAACAAUUAUGGGGAAUGAAGCUGGAAGACCAUGGAAAACACACCAACGACACUGACACCUAGUGGAGAAAAAAGCUGGGUCAGGAAGAGCUAUUAUUACCCUUUGACAUCUGCUGAGAAUGCUGAAAUACUGAUUUCGAUUUUAUCUUUACAGCGUCUGUUAAUUGACAAAUGUGGAAAAUGAUGAGGGAGAGGCCAAAAUUCCAACUUCCCAAAGCAAACAGUAGAGUGUAAUUAUCAUACGUGUGAUAGUACUGUCAGAACUACACAAUCCACUAUGGGUUGUGAAAACACACAGUGGGUUCUAUGUACUCUGACUAAAAAUCACAAAAUUCUCACCAAGGUAGAAAAUAAAAUGGAAGAAAAACAUUGA